GCACAUAUAAAGGAAGAUGCGAGCGCCGGGCAGCCAAACUCAGAAACUUCUCGGGCUCUGGGCGGCAGGAGAGAAACCCAGGAGCAGAGAAGAUCUCGGAGGAAACAACGAGCAGGCGAGGAUGGCACAGAGCUCGGAAAGGAUGUCCCGUCGGGAUUUGUCAGAAGCCCUGAAGGAAAGCACCAAAGAGGUCCAUGUCCAGGCGGAGAGCACGCAGUUCAUGGAGAGCUUCCAGAAGGGGCAGGUGUCCCUCCGUGAAUUUAAGCUGUAUUUAGCUUCUCUAUAUUACAUCUAUUUGGCACUGGAGGAGGAAUCUGAGCGGAAUAAGGACAACCCAGUCUACGCCCCUGUUUAUUUCCCAAAUGAGCUGAAUCGCAGGGCUGCUUUGGAAGAAGACCUGGAGUAUUUCUAUGGCCCAACAUGGAGGAAGGAGAUUCAGUGUCAUGAAGCAACUCAGAAAUAUGUGGACAGGCUUCAUCAUGUGGGCCAAUAUGAACCAGAGCUUUUGGUGGCCCAUGCCUACACCCGGUACCUUGGAGAUUUGUCUGGAGGUCAGAUUCUCAAAAAAAUUGCCCAGAGAUCUCUCCACUUGCCUAAUACUGGAGAAGGACUGUCUUUCUUCAAUUUUCCUGGUGUCACUAACAUCUCCAAGUUUAAACAAUUGUAUCGAGCUCGGAUGAACAGUCUCCCCAUGGAUUCUGCUACUGAGGAGAGAAUCCUGGAAGAGGCCAAAAAAUCUUUUCUGCUGAACAUAGAAGUGUUUCAAGAACUACAGAGGCUGACAAGUCAGGGACAACCAUUGGAGAAUGGCCAUCUUGUGCAACCCAAGCUUGAACUUCAUGCAAGACGAGGCAACACAACUCACAGUCCAAAGGAAAGUGAUAGAGAGAGAAUGACCCACAAGAACAUGUUGCCCAGCACACCAUUGCUGCGUUGGACUCUCGCUCUUUUCUUUAUGGCAGCAACAAUUGCUGUAGGCUUGUAUGCCAUGUGAACAGAAGGGACCUCAAACAUGUUUCGCCAGUCCUUGCCCUUUCAUAAAUUAACAAUUCUUCUUAUAAUCAAGGAAGAUAUGCCUCGAAGCCCCAACUUGGAUGACCUGAGCCUAGCUGUUCUCAUGUUACUAACAAUCCAGACGACACAAAUGGCUUGAAAAUUGAAAAUAGUGGGGAGAACAUUUCUGCAAAGACCCUGAAAUGUCACAGUGUGGCAAGUCUUUAAACAAAGGGAAGAAUCAGAAAUCAAGCACUUUCUAUCUUGGACCUCUGAGGAAUAAAUGUUGUUGCAGUUA